UCGCUGAGGAAGCCGGGCCCGUGGAGGACUGUGUGAAUGUCCGCCUGUUCGUAGGUGAGGUGCGUGUCCCCUGUGUCCGGCGCCGGGCGUUAUCAGCACGGACGACGCGUCAGGAGCGAAGCUGCGGCUUUCUCCGCCUGCGUUAGAGGACAUCGCCGCCUGCUCCCAAACGUCAGCGCGCUUCGCGUUAUCGAGACUCGUGCAAGUCCGGCAGCUAAGCGUUAGCGCCCGCGCGCCCUAGCGUUCCUGUUCCGACUCGCCCGGUGAGUUCGCGCGGAUCACGUUUGUCCCUCACGCGCCCCGCUGUCGGCGCUUACCGCACCCGUGCGGUGGACUCGAGCGUUUCAUAGCGAGCUCGCGGUUUAUAUCGUGAAGAAGAAGAAGGAAGAAGAAGAAGAAGGAGGAGGAGGAGGAGGAGGAGGAGUGGAGUGGUGGUGGACACGUGCGGUCGGUCGAACGGCGGAGGCAAAGCGCGGCCGAUGAGUUCCGACCGGGGCGGAGAACCGCUGCGGGAGGAGGCAGAGCCUGCACUGGCCGGGGGACGCACGGGCGACACGGUGGCGUCGAAAGGCGCUGGUCUGAACCCUAACGCCAAAGUCUGGCAGGAGGUCUCGGCGGUGCCCAGCCAGGCUCCUGCACCAGACACGGAGGCAUCACCUUGGUGUCAGGCCAACAUGCCGGAUGACUCCGCUAAAGCAUUCUCACCAGGGUUCCCAGCUCUCUUGGAUGAAUGCCCCUGCUCCUCUGCUGAAGGUGUAGUGAAUGGCAUGGAUCCCCCUGUUUGUGAUUCCACUACAGACACUAAGAUGGAGUCUAAACUGUGUGAGGAGCAGCCUCUCUCUGCAGAAAACCUGCGUGAGUCUCUCAAAAAAGAGCUGGAGUUCUGCUUCUCCAGGGAGAACUUAUCAAAGGACCUUUACCUAAUAUCUCAAAUGGACAGUGACCAGUUUGUCCCGAUUUGGACUAUUGCCAGCAUGGAAGGCAUUAAAGACCUCACCACUGAUAUCGACCUUAUCUUGGAUGUGCUGAGAUCUUCACCCAUGGUCCAAGUGGAUGAAAAGGGGGAGAAGGUGCGACCAAAUCACAAACGCUGCAUCAUCAUUCUCCGCGAGGUUCCAGAAACGACCCCCGUAGAGGAAGUGGAGGCCUUGUUCAAGAAUGACAACUGUCCAAAGCUCAUAAGUGUGGAGUUUGCACACAACAACAACUGGUAUAUUACAUUCCAAUCAGACACCGAUGCUCAACAGGCAUAUAAAUAUUUAAGGGAAGAAGUCAAAACAUUUCAGGGAAAACCAAUCAUGGCCAGAAUAAAAGCCAUCAACACCUUCUUUGCAAAAAACGGCUACCGCACCCUGGACUGCAAUAUGUACUCACAGCACACGCACACGCAGUCUCAGUACAGCUCUCCGGUCUUCAUGCAGCCUGUCUAUGGCCCCCAGCAGCAGUACCUCUACGGCCUCGUCCCCCAGACCUGGACUCCGUCCCCCACCCCUUACUUUGAGACUCCUCUGGCACCUUUCCCCAACAGUGGUUUUGUCAAUGGAUUUAGCUCACCUGGACACUACAAAACGGGUUCAAAUUCUCUCAACAUGGGACGUCCCUUCGGCAGAAACCGUGUCCCACUGUACUCAAGAAAGAAUGUAAUAAAUGCAUUCAGGAACCACGUCAAGCCCCAGGCAAGAACUACUGAUGGGCUGCUGUCCGCUGCCUCCACCGCCUCGGGGCCUGAAGGGCUGCGGGGAGCCCAGCACCCGGCCACUGCCGGCCUUACGCCUGGAUCCUCGGAGCUGGGUUCCUCCUUCCCACACCUGGCCUCCACCGAGGGAGUGGAGGACAGCACCAUGGCAGGGAGGGGAAGGAGAACAACGUACAGAGGGACUCGGAGGAGGAGAGAGGACGAACGUACCAUGAGAACCAACCCGUUUGCUGAAGUGAAGGUUCCGCCACCUAAAUUCGACUUGGCUGCUUCAAAUUUUCCUCCGCUGCCUGGCUGCUCCGCCAGCCUGCAAGGCGAGCCUGUGCUGGAGAAUCGCAUGUCCGACGUGGUGCGGGGUCUGAACAGAGACAAGCAGCCGGACACAAACAAGGAGGCGGCUGUGAGCCUGGCAGGCCAGUCCUCGGAGGAGUCCGUUCCCAGACUGAGCCAGCCCGCCAGCAAAGCCACCGUUCUCCCUGUAGAAACUGCUCCUUGCAGCGCUGACCCUCAGGAGAAGAAACUGGAGAAAGCUGAGCCCUUGGUCCAUAAAGAGAUGUCUGUGAACCCGACCUCUGCGGUGGCCGUCACUCCCGCCCCCGCUCAGCCUGUACCUGCCCCCAAGACUCAGCCAAGCUCGGCCAGCGCUGCAGCCCCUCAGGGCGACCCAGCCCACCCAAGCACCACUGUGCUGGAGCCUCGCAAGCUCAGCUACGCGGAGGUGUGUCAGCGACCCCCCAAGGAUCCGCCUCCUCUGCCAACCGGCUCCACCUCUGCCACCGCACCUGCCCAACCACUGAGGGAGCUGCGUGUCAACAAGGUGGAGGAGCAGCCCGGCAGCGCCACCGACAGGCAGGAGCGCCCUCAGGAGCGAGGCGGGGACUGUAAAGCCAGGGACGGAAGGCCGGCCCGCGACCCCCAGGGCUUCCAUCGCAGCAGCGGCCCCCCCAGGGCCAGUACGGGGGGGUUCAAACUCCGGGAACAGCAGAGACGCCCCCCUUUUGCCCACCGUGGUUCUCCCCAAGGAAGUUCCAGACACACUGGCAAAGAGCAGAACAUCCCCCCUAUAUCGCCAAAGUAAAGACUAAAUAAAAUUCUUAUAAAUGUAUAAAUAUAAACACACACACAAUAUAUAAUAAAUAUAAAUAAAAAGAUAUAAAAGCAUAAAUCUAAGAUAGUAGCCUCUCUCCUGUCAGGAGCACAUCCAGAGGAAAGUCUCAUGAAAUGACAAUGCACAGACUGGGACCUCUCAGCAUACGGGCAUCAAAAAUCAGAAGCUAGUAUAAGCUUGUGGAAGGAAGUCCUCGAAUGGGGGGGGGGGAUGCUUCUAACUUGACAAUGUCCCCUCCGAAUGUAAAUCAAUGUGAUGUUUUGGGGUUUGUUUUUUUUUUGUUGUUGUUGUUUUUUUUUUGUUGUUUUUUUUUUCCCCUCCCCUCUGACCCCUCUCGCCCCCUUGUGUUUUGAGAGAAGGGCCUUUUUACUCUGGGGGGUGGAGCCUAGGGCGGUGGAACAGCCCAGUGAUCAGUUCUCCUGAGCUGAAAUAGAACUGGUCUGCAACAAACAUAUGCACUAACAAAAUAAGGAACAUGCCAUGCACCUAUACAAAAAUCACUGACAUGCAACGAUACAUUUGACUUUUUUUCCCCUUGUUUUUGUUUGUGUGGGGGUAGGGGCUUCAUUUGCAUUGGCAGAGCACUGGGGAUGUGAUGUAUGGAGUGAAAAAUGUACACAAACUUUGAUCUGAGAGGAUGGGGUUUUUUUUGGGGUUUUUUUUGGGGUUUUUUUUUUUUGGUUUUUUGGUUUUUGGUUUUUUGUUUUUUUUUUUGGUUUUUUGCAAUAGUGUUGAUUUUAAUCAGUCUUGGGAUCUAGAUCCCAUGUAGAACAAGCGGUGUAUGCGCUUGAGUGGACUAGCAAACAGCCAGGGACAACGGUGAGGCUUGCUGUUGGUCUGGAACUUUGCAUUAAGUUGUGUGACGGCUGUUGAUUCAAUUAUAUGCUCCCAGAAUCAGAGAGCUCGUAUUUAGGAAUAUGUAACAUGCAGUAUAAAUAUCAAUCGGAUUGUGCAGCCUAUUAAUGAUUCCUGUACAUUUGUGAGGUCAGAGCCUGCCAAUUAUGUUGCUGGGAUGUUGGAUCACUGGUGUGUUGAAGGGGAUUAUUUUUUUUUUAUUUUUUGGUUGGUUUGUUCAAUUUUUAUUUUAAUUGAAUACCCAACAGCCUGUGAAAGCUCAUAUCACCGUCAGGUACAUAGGCACUCGAGUCCUGUUUUGUGACAUUUUCAUUUGUUCUGUUUUUGUGCAUCAUCUUCCUGAAAUUGCUUCUGAGCAAGCACAUAUUCCUGGUGGUCGGUCAGGUACAUGAUCGUGUUUACACCCUCGUGUAGGUUUGGGCUGAUGAAAGACGUGCUAAUCCAGUCGCUGCUUUUGCUUUGUGUGACCUUUUUUUUGUCUAUUCUUAAUCAGGAUGCUGAAUAUUGGUAAUGAAUCACAAGUAACUGUUGUGCUUAGUAAACUCAGCGUAUUGGUGUGGGUGCAGACAGCCUGAGGGCUAUUUUACUGAUGAGACUUGCUUGGUGCCCCUGUCAGCUGUAACUACUGGCAAACAUUGUCGAGUAGGCCCUAUAUGAUUUUUCAGUUGGUUCUGAAUUGUGAUGCAGCAUAAAACAUCCCUGUACUCAACAAAUGUUUAAAAUCAUACCUUCUGCCCACCAGAGAUGGUGCAAAGCACAGUGGAUACAGGACAAGCUGGGAACCUGACUGUACAAGUGCUUUGUAACUGCACUACAGCCUGUUUGCUUCUAGCAGUCCCUCUUGAUUGUCCAGAAUUCACACUGGUAGAAUUAACUAGCACUGAACAUUGCGAAUUGUUCCAUGAGAAGUGUGGACAUUAGGUUAUGCUUCAGACGAAAUAUCUGUGGGUGAUGUGUUGAGACAUUAUUGAAAGAUCUUGAAAUGUUCCAUCCUUGGUUGGAUUACUUUGCUGAAAGAAUGUGUUGGAAUUUUGUUUAUUUGCCUGUCAUUUGCAGCAGACUGCUGUCUGUUGCACAUUGGUAGUCUCGUUCCUACACAAGUGUCAUUUCAGAUUUUUCAAUUUCAAUGCACCUGAUUUUUUUUUUUUUUUUGGGCAGAAGUCAGUCUAUAUGCUUAAUAUUGGCUUACUGUGUCCUCCUUGAUGGAUAUUUUAGAGUUAAUCUGAGCACCGGGGAGGGGGUGGAGAGAAAUGUCCGUUUGCUUGACUUCAGCUCUGUAGAGCGAAGUCUGACAUGAUAGAAUUUUAAUGGCUGGAGUGUGCAUGAUGCAUGGUGGAGAGGGAAGGUCAGGAGCAGGCCUGUGGUCCCUCCCCUCCCCUCCCCUCGCCUAGUUGACAGCAUGGCUUUUGCGUGUGGCACUGCACCACCUCGCUGAGAGCUGCGUGUGCACAUGUCCUCAGCAUGGCCCAAGUGCUGUGCUGUGUGUUCGCUUUGUGGGCAAGCGAGGACCGUGUCACCAAAGCGAAGAAUGUUUCGUGAUGAACUGGUGCUGUUAUGAUGAAGCGUAAUCAGAGGAAGAGGCAGUAUUGCAGUUUAAUUCAUUGUAAGUAUUGCUUUUAUGAAAAUGAUUUGAUUUUUUUUUAAUUAUUCGUUUUAAUUAUUGUUUUAAAUCAUCUUAUUGCCCUGCACCCUAAUCCAUGUUGACUUGGGUUCCUGACCAUGUACAAAAUUACAUUGGGAGAGAAUCAUAGAUUUAACAUUUGUAUAUUUUUGAAAUUUCAGCAGAGAAGAUACUUGAUGCACUUACUAAACGCUUAGUAAUGCAGUCAAUAAAUAAAUCACUGGGGCUUUUGUUUCUCUUGUUUUCAAUAAUGAAUUUGAGCAGCUAGUGGUUUAGUGUAAUGGAAAAAAUGCACUAACUUUAAAAAAAAAUCCUACUGUUAUGUAAUGUGAAAUCAUUAGAAGCAUAAAAUGAUAUUGAUGUUGACAGGCUUGCGAAAAUACAGGAAUAGCAUUCUUAAUGUUUAGGGUAUUACUGCUAAAUGAUUUUUUGGAUGGAGUGACAAAGGGAAGAAUUAUAACAAUGGAUUUGAAAGUGUUGGAGACACUAAAUUCUAGCUGUCUGCAUAUUAUGUCAAAAAGGAAAUAAAUUAUUUUGUUUUGGCCUCAGA